AUGUGGGGUAUGAAGUGUCGACUGCUGGGCCACUGGCUGAACCGGACCUCAGCAGAGAGCCAUGAGUCGCCCGUCCUUAGCUGGAAGAGGGGCGGGGGGUACACUAAGCUACCAGGCUGUCUCACAAAGCCACAUGCCCCUCAUUCUGAGGAAGCUUCGGCGUCCCAACAACUCUGUAACCAGGAGAGGAGGUCCAUCCAGAACCAGGAGGAAUCAGAAUCUUAUUGGACUGAAGAGAAUCAGAUGAAAUCAUUUCACCCUCCUAUUGAAGAACAGAAUGAACAAGGACCGCUAUGGAUUAAAGAGGAGGAAGAGCUGACAGAACCUGUGCCAGUUAAAGAAGAAGAUGAAGAGCCUGAGUCCAAAUGGACUAAAGAGGAUCCAAACAUACCAGGUUUGUUACUAAAUGAAGAACAAAGCGAAUCAUGGCCUUCGUGGAUUAAACGGGAAGAAGAGCCCCCAGAACCUGCAAUGAUUAGCGAAGGAGCUGAGGAACCAGAGUCUAUGUGGGCUAAAGAGAAUCUGAAGGAGCCAGCUUUGCUGCUAAAUCAAGAACAAGAUAAACCAGGACCUUCAUGGAAUGAAGAUGAUGAGAAACCAGCAUCUCUACUACUCAAAGUAAAGGAUGAACAAUAUUCAUCAGUAUCUGGCUAUGAACAUAGGCUAGUAGGAUAUUUGCCACCUGUAGAGGACCUACGCAGCGGGCAGGAGGAAGAGCAGCCUUUCCAGAAGCAGUCCAUGACUUUGAUGGAGAACGCUAGUAUUCAUGAAAUAGGGUCAAGCAAAAGAAAGUCAAAAACUGAGCAGCCCUGCUUUGAUUGGCCUCCUGUAGCCGAGAACAGAGAUCAGGAAGGAACCAGCUCCACUCUGCCACUAGGGAGGGACCAGAAGGACCCAAUCACCAGUCAGCAGGAAGAUCAGCCUGUCCAGAAGCAGUCGAUUACUUUGAUGGAUUCAAGUAAAAGAAAAAAAAGAACUGAGCGUACUUCCUUUCAUAGGCCUCCGGUAGUGGAGAACAGAGAUCAGAAAGGAAGCAGCUCCGCUGUGUCAGAUAUUCAUAAUCAAACUGCUACAAAGAAAGGGACUUUUAAAUGUGAAAUAUGUGGGAGAGUCUUGAAGAAUAAGUAUACCAUGAAAAAACAUUAUAAAACCCAUACGGGCGAGAAACCUUUUACUUGUAAGACGUGUGGAAAAAGUUUUGCUCAAAGAUCUACUUUAAGUGAUCAUAUCAGAACUCACACAGGUGAGAAACCUUUUACUUGUAAGACAUGUGGAAAAAGUUUUGCGAGAGUUAAUCGUUUAAAUGUUCACAUUAGAACCCACACAGGGGAGAAUCCUUUUAUGUGUAAGACAUGUGGAAGAAGUUUCAAUUGCAUGAGUAGUUUAAAUGUACACAUUAGAACCCACACAGGUGAGAAGCCUUUUACUUGUAAGACAUGUGGAAAAAGCUUCUCUUCCGUGGGUUCCUUGAACGUUCACCGGAGAUCCCACACAAAUGAGAAACCUCUUGUUUGCAAGACAUGUGGAAAAGGUUUCUCUUAUAGUAAAAAUUUAAAAUAUCACAUCACAACCCACACAGAUGAGAGACCUUUUUCCUGUGAGACAUGUGGAAAAAGGUUCUCCACGGUUAGUGUUUUAAAGGUUCACAUAAGAACCCACACAGGAGAGAAACCUUAUACUUGCAAAGCAUGUGGAAAGAGUUUCUCUCAGUUGAGCAGUUUAAAUAGUCACUUGAGAAUCCACACAGGUGAGAGACCUUUUUUAUGUAAGACAUGUGGAAAAUGGUUCUCUCAGUUGAGUACUUUAUAUGUUCACUUGAGAUCCCACACUAGAGAGAAACCUUUCACUUGUGGAACGUGCGGAAAAAGUUACUCUUAUAUUAGAAGUUUGGAAUAUCACAUCAGAACCCACACAGGUGAGAGACUUUUUUCAUGUUAGACAUGUGGAAAAAGUUUCAUAAUCGAUAGAAAUUUAAAUUCUCACAAGAAAACCCACUCUAAUGAGAAACCUUUGAAUGUCUAAUAUGUGGGGAAAAAGCAUUGCUAACUUUGGAAGUCUAAUAUCUCAUAAAAUGAAACCACAAAAAUGACAAGAAAUCAUUCAACUUGCAGAUUUACAAUAAAAUAGUAAAUUGUACUGUAAGUUUUUCUAAGAUUGUAUAUGCUCAAAUUAGUUUUGGUUAUUUUUUGAUAGAAUAAUUAAUCAACUUAAAAAUAAUAAUAAAUGAUGCAUACACUUUUCACAGUCAAUAGAUCCUCGGAAUCGUUUUUAUAAUAGUUUUUCUGUCUUUAUGCUGUCUCCUGGUUUUUGUGUGUGUGUGUGGGUGUGUGUGUGUGUGUGUGUGUGUUUAUUUCCAGCAUAUGUUGAAUCCAGCUUUUUAUGUUUUCUUCCUGAGAAAAAUGUCUCUUUUGGGACAAAGUAAAAAUGACUUCACAUAUAUACAUUUUGAAAGUAUUAAAACAUGUAAGUAAUGCAACUUUAU